AUGGCAGUCAAUACUCCAACUCGUCGCUCAACGCGGCGCAAUCAGAAUGGUCGAAUCCCGCCUACUGCACCGACUGGAGAUCAGCAAAUCCCCCAGGUCUACCGGGAAAUGCUGGCUGAAGCCGAGGCACGAGAUCCUCAGGCCCCCGAUAAUGACCGCAUACCAAAGAGACGCAAGUUGGCGGGACGAAACCAUGUAUCAAGCACCCAAAUAGAUCAUCAAAAAACCUCAGCUCCAAUUGAGAACAAUGAACCUACUGGUCGACAAGUGCAGACCGUAUAUGAUUCUCCCACCUCAUCAUCCGAGGAUGAUGACAUGGAGUGGGAGGACGUCGACUUGCAGCCCGCAGUGUCGGAAGCGCUGUCAGAUGAUUCUACUAUUCAAAUCACCUUAGAUCAACCGCAAGAAAGUUCUAGACACAAAAGAAUCUCUAAGCGGCAGCCGAUAACGGCCGCAGAGAAGCGGUUGAGGCUCGAGGUCCACAAGACCCAUCUCCUUUGCCUUCUACGCCAUGUCCAAAUCCGUAAUAGAUGGUGCAAUGAUGAUGAGCUUCAGGACGCUCUCAAGAAAAUGAUACCAAAGCAGGUGAAAUCUCUCCUCAACCCACCCGAGAGCAAACCUGAGCAUGAAAGGUCCACGACAUUCAUGAAUGGCCUGAAUCAAGUCAGCGACGCAUUCAGUAAGCGAUUUAAAAUAACAAAACCGGGUCUCAAGCGAGCAAAUUGGGCUCAGGGUCCAGAUGCUCUGAAGAAAAGAGUGGAAACUAUCAUCUCUAAUGCCGAAGUUUUCACAUCGAUAGAUGACUUCAAGCAGCAAGCUCGAACCAUGCAAGGGUCCCGAGAUUUUGGCGCACAGCUGUUCUGUGCUUUACUACGCUCUGUGGCAGUGGAGGCAAGGCUGGUCUGCUCCCUGCAGCCUUUGCCAUUUUCGGGCGUCACCAAAGACAUUACUUUGGAGGCGACUCCGGCAAAGACAAUGAUCAUGGCAGAUAGUCCAGAGACAUCUUCGGACGAGUCAACACGUGCCAAAUCACGAGCCUCAGCGCAGCGACUCACCCGGCCUGGAUUUAGACCAUCACGUCCGCCGGCUAGUCCUAGAGAAAUCCCAUACAACCGGAAUCAAGAGUCGUCAUACCCGGUAUUCUGGGUAGAAGCUUUCAAUGAGGCAUUCAAUAAAUGGAUACCUGUCGAUCCAUUAGUCACCAGAUCUCUAGCGAAACCGUCUAAGUUUGAGCCACCUGCCACAGAUCCGAAUAAUCUUCUGAGCUACGUAGUCGCGUUCGAGGAUGAUGCGUCUGCGCGAGAUGUGACCCGUCGUUACAGCAAAGCCUUCAACGCCAAAACACGCAAGUUGCGCGUCGAGUCCACUACCCGCAACACAACAUGGUGGGACCGUGUCCUUCGAUUCUACGAGAAACCGUUCCUCGAGGAUCGCGACCAGCUGGAGGUCAGUGAGCUUACCGCCAAGACAGCCGCUGAGCCCAUGCCCCGGAAUAUCCAAGACUUCAAAGACCACCCAGUUUACGCGCUAGAACGACACCUUCGUCGUAGCGAGGUUAUUCAUCCAAAGCGAGUAAUCGGACAGGUCAGUCUUGGUAAGUCGGGCUCCAAAAACCAAAUAUUAGAGCCAGUGUACCGCCGCUCAGAUGUCCAAGUUGUGCGCAGCGCCGACAAGUGGUACAGGCUGGGCCGAGACAUCAAGACGGGCGAGCAGCCGUUGAAGCGUGUCAAGGGCCGAAGACCCCAGUCUAGUGGACUGCUGCCCGAGGACGAGGGGAGCGAUGCAGCAGCCCCGGAGACCCCUCUAUACGCGCUUUUCCAGACUCAAGUCUACGUUCCGCCACCAGUGGUCAAUGGGAGGGUUCCGAAGAAUGUCUACGGCAACCUGGACAUCUACGUACCGAGCAUGAUCCCGGCUGGUGGUAUUCACAUCGGCCACCCGGACGCCGCGCACGCAGCUAAACUUCUUGGAAUUGACUUUGCAGCGGCUGUCACUGGCUUUACCUUCCAAGGACGUCACGGAACUGCCGUGUAUACCGGCGUGAUUGUCGCGGAGGAACAUCGUGAAGCACUUCAAGAGGUCAUCGAUGGUCUCGAGCGCGAACGGCUGCACGAGGCAUUAGAAACACGAACCGCGGAAGUUCUCAGAGCAUGGAAGCAUUUACUUUUGAAGCUUCGUAUCGCGGAGCGGGUCAAAGGCUACGCUAUCGAGGGGGAUGACGAAGAUGCGGAUACGGGGAUCGAGCCGAGUGAGGUGGGCGACGAAGCUGUAGACGAUGAUGGGGGCGGAUUUGUGCCUGAGUCAGAUACAGCAGUACCAGACCCUGUGGUUGGAGGGGGAGGCUUCAUUCCGGACUCGAACACGGAAACAUUGGAAGAUUCGAUGGGAGGCGGUGGGUUCUUACCAGAGUCAGGUACGGAGACACCAGAUGACAAUGUGGGAGGGGGUGGCUUCAUGCCUGAAUCACCAAUCAAGGAUUCCAUGGGCGUGGAUCAUACAUCGUCUGAGAGCCUUGAUCCUAUUCCAGCCAAGCCGUCACGCUACUCUCUUGUGGUAGUUUCAAAGAACAGGGAAAAUCCUACCGACCCGUCGGCACAAGAUCACAUCAUCGAUGAAGCCUCCCGAGCAACCAAACCUGCUGCAACCGAGGAACCUGAUCUUUAUAUUCGUUCGCGAGAGCCUGUCUCCUCCGGAACGUCGGACAACCACGAGCUCUCAAUAGGCGAAGGGAAUAUCUCAGCCCCAGAAUCCGUACAAAAGCCCCCACGAUCCCCCAGCACGCAAUCCUCUGAUGUUCAGUCGCGCAGAGCCAGCGUAACAUCGUUGUUAUCACAGGAUCCUGAUGAUGAAGACGCGAUUCCGGAGUGGCUUAUGUCGGAUUAG